ACUCUUUUCCUUGGCCUGGGCCUCGGGAGCCGCCGCCGCCGCCGCCGCUGCGGGCGCAGCUUUUCAAAAUGUCCAACAAAGAAUCUUGUGGAAAAAAAGAGAAAUCUCAGAGGAAAGGCACCACUGCAUCGCCCAACUUUGACAUAGAAGAUAAGAAAGAGAAAAAAACUUCAAGUUCUAGUUCAGUUUGCUGUGUAAGGUCUGUUUCUUCAGAGAAGAGAAAACUGAAAUCAGAUCAUACAGACAUUUUAUACCGUGAUAUAAAAAGAAGACAAGAACUGAAAAGAUUGAGUGUAGAAACUGACCCCCCAAGGAGGAGACCAAAAAUCAGUUAUUCAUCCCAAGGACCUGUUAAACUCCAAGAAGCAUCAUAUUCAAGUGUUAAUCAGAUUAUUUCACAGAAUCUUUCGUCACAUGGAACUAAAAAAGAGCCAAAUAAAUAUGUAGACUUUAAAGAUAUUAAGUUGACAAGCGUUAGGAGUAAACCUGACCAUGGAAUUAAGAACUUUAGUAGUCCUAAGAUGGCCAAAGAUGUACAACCUAAAACUGAAGUCCAGGCAAGUGAAAAACAAUGGCCUCCUGUAUUUCCUCAGGGGGAGAAGGUGAAAGAACUCAAGAAAGAAAGGCACAAGAAAUUUAGGGACAGUUCUGAAAAAUGUGUUUUGGAGAAAUGCAAGAGAAUCCAUUUUCCUCAGGAUUAUAAUUCCAACAAGUUGAUUAAGGAUUCCAGAAGAAGGAAGAUCAGUUUUAAAAUCCCAGUAAAAUCCCAUGAUACCCUCCAGAAGCUUGUAGAAGAAAAUGUCUUCAGUUUAGAGUCUAACAAGUCAAAGACUAAACAGGAGAAAAAAGCCCUGGAAAGCUCCCAAGUUUCAUUGAAUUUGACUAGACAUGAAAGUGAACAUUUAUUUUCAGAUUCCAUGUUUAAGCAGGCUGCACAUGAGUGGAACGGAAAAAGCCAUCGUGAGGAUCGAGAAAGUGACUCAAGUUCCAGGGAAAACCCAAUCCAGAGUUUUGAAGCUCCAUGUUCUUCAGUGUCACUUGAAAGUAUUCAAGAUACAGAUCAAGAGAUGCAGAUAGUAGAAGAGCUCCAUGCUGCACGUGUGGGAAAAAGUAUGGAUUUACCUGUGGCUUUCUCUUCUGGAGAGCUAACAAGCAUGGAGAUUGACUUGGUGGAAGAUGCUGUACAUUCCUCUGCUGCAAAUACUGCUUCAGAUAAAAAGCUUCUCAUUGUUAUUGACACGAAUAUUCUGAUGAAUCACCUCAAAUUUGUUAGAGUUUUGAAGACAACAGAAAUCCCAGGCUUUGACAGACUUGUAUUAAUAAUUCCCUGGGUUGUUAUACAAGAGUUAGAUCGUAUGAAGGCAGGAAAAUUGCUAAAACAUGCCCAGCACAAAGCUAUACCUGCAGUUCAUUUCAUCAAUGACAGUCUCAGAAAUCAAGAUAGAAAGCUAUGGGGUCAGUCAAUACAGCUUGCCUCUCAAAAACUUUAUGGACUGAGUGACGAGAACAAUGAUGAUCGAGUAUUAAAAUGCUGUCUUCAGUACCAGGAAUUAUUCCCUUGUUCUGUUGUUAUUCUGUGCACGGAUGAUAGAAAUUUAAGAAACAAAGGCCUAAUAAGUGGUGUGAAGUCACUCAGUAAAGAAGAAUUGAGUGCAGAGUUACUAAACUUAUCUCUGAACACAGAUGUAUGUCAUCAGCCUUGUGUAUCUAAACAACAAUUGAAAGCAGAAACAACACGGUUAGAAGAGAGCUAUGAGGAAGAAUCUGCACAUUCUGGACUACCCAUUCUACUUGAAAGCAUUGUAUCUGAUCUUGAAAAAUCUCUUGGAACAGCUUUAUCUUCAGUAUUAGAAACAGAAAUGAAAAUUGCUUUUGGAAACCUUUGGAUGGAGAUGCUGUAUUUGAAACCACCAUGGACUUUAAUUCAUUUAUUACAGUGCUUUAGAAAACACUGGUUGGCUGUAUUUGGAUUAGUUAUGGAGAAGAAUUUGCUCUUAACCAUUGAGAGCCUAUAUGAAAAUCUCUGUAAAGCUAACAGUGCAGUGGAUUUUGCAACAGUGAAAUUUCUGCUUCAGGAUUCUAAAAGUUUGUUACAUGCUUUCAGUACAAGGUCAAAUUAUGAUGGUAUUCUUCCCCAGGCCUUUGCUCAAGUCAACAAACUACUCCAAACAUUUGCAGAGGUCAAGGCAAAACUUAAACAAAAUCUUUCAGAAACAACAGUGGGUAAAAAGCAAGAAGAUACUUCUUUGAUGAAGUCUAAUAACCAAGAAAUCACCAUUUUCUCAGGUUCUCAUCUUCCCCAACCCAACAGGCACCAAGAAAUCUGGUCUACCCUAGAGAAUGUUUGGAUUACAUUAUAUCAAAACAGCAUGGAUGUAUUUCAAAGAUUGGGCUCAAAUGCAGCUUUGACUUCUUCAAAAAUAGCAUCCUUUGAAGAAGCAUUUGUAUCUCUUCAAAAGUUAAUGGUGGUGGUGAAGGAUAUUCUUGAAGGAAUUCAGAGGAUUUUGGCCCCUAACAGUAAUUAUCAAGAUGUUGAGACACUCUAUAACUUCCUAAUCAAGUAUGAGGUAAAUAAAAAUAUCCAGUUCACUCCCCAGGAACUUUAUGAUUGUGUUUCACAGUCCGAGUAUCGAUUUUAUUUAUUCGUGAGAGACACAGAGAGAGAGGCAGAGACCUAGGCAGAGGGAGAAGCAGGCUCCAUGCAGGGAGCCUGAUGUGGGACUCCAUCCCAGGACCCCAGGAUCACCCCUGAGCUGAAGGCAGAUGCUCAACCUCUGAGCCACCCAGCUUCCCUGAUACUUCACUCCUUUUAUGGCCGAAUGAUACUCCAUUGUGCGGACAGCCCACAUUCUGUUUAUCCACUCAUCUGUUGAUGGACAUUUGAAUUGUUUUCACUUUUUGGCUAUUGUGAAUAGUGUUGCUAUUUGUGUGCAUGUAUUUGAAUUCUUCCAAUUCUUUCAAAUUUGGGGGUGGGUUAUAUACUUAAUAGUGGAAUUCUGUGUUUAACUUUUCAGGAGUUACUGACUCUUUCCACAGCAGCUGCACUAUUUUACCUUCCUACCAACAAGAGAUGAGAGUUCCAGUUUUUCUGCAUCCUUGACAAAAUUUGUUACCUUUUUUUUUUUUUUUUUUUUGGAUGAUAGCUUUCCAAAUGAGUGUGAAGGGUGAUCUCGUUGUGAUUUUGAUUUGUAUUCCCCUAAGUACUAAUGAUGUCGAGUGUCUUUCCAUGUGGUUAUUGGCUCUUUGUCUUCUUUGGAGAAAUGUGUCCUCAAAUCCUUUGCCCACUUUUUAGUGGGUUGUUUUCUUACUGUUGUUGAGUUAUAAUAAGUCUUUAUGACGAAUGUGGCUUGAGGCCAAAAUCCUAUGUGUGAUCUUUCAGGCCUGACCGUAGGCAGUUAUAAGGCUUUAUCUGGCACUCCACCGGGGAAAGCUGCCUUCCGCAUGCCAGAUUUGGUACACAGCCGGUGUGUUGCACUCUUCUGGAGGGAGUUGCAGACAAUGCUUAGGUCCCUUGGCCCUGAGCUUACGUGCAUAUCUGCAUUCCUAGCCCAGGCAACUCCAUUUGGUGGCCUCCUUAUUGGGGACUUUGGCUGAGGGCACCUCUCAGGCACUUCUGCUGAGAAUUCCUUGGAGGACUUGGCCAAGGUAUUUUUCUCCACUCUGAACCAAUACUUUUCUACUCCUAGCUCUUUCCCUUUGCUAUGUUCUGAAUGUUUGUGUCCCUCCCAAAUUCAUAUACUGAAAUCCUGUUGCCCAAUUCAACAGUCUUAGAAGGUGGGGCCUUUGGGAGGUGAUUAGGUCAUGAAGGUAGAGCACUCAUGAAUGGGAUUAAUGCUUUUAUGAAAGAGGGCUCUCACCAGAAUGUGACUAUGAUAGUGCCUUGCUCUUGGACUUCCAGCCUCCAGAACUGUGAGAAAUAAAUUUCUGUUGUUUGUAAGCCACCCAGCCUGUGGUAUUUUGUUACAGCAGUCCGAAUGCACCAAGACCUGCACCCCUUCCUCCCCUGAGUCCAUGAAAAGGGAUCCUCAGCAAUGAGAUGAUGUCCCCUGUCUACACUAUGUAUCAUGUGGCCCUAACUCAGUGCCAUUCUAUAAGGGAAAAUGGACCACUGGGGAACUGACACCUUUAAUUUCGUUUCUUGUUUUCAGUGUUGCAGCAAAUGAAACAGUUGAUUUUGCUUUCAGUUUGGCUUAUUGUCCUUAUUAACCACCUUGGCACCUGGCAGCUUGACAUGUUACAUGUUCUGGGUAUUAGACCCUAUCAGAUAUAGCAAAUAUUUUCUCUCUGUACAUUUUCUUUUCACUUUUUUUGAUAGCAUCCUUUGCCACAAGUUUUUAAUUUUGAUGAAGUCCAAUUUAUGUGUUUUUCUUGUAUUGCUUGGGCUUUUGGCAUCAUAUCUGUGUGCAUUGCCAAAACUAAGGUCAUGAAGAUUUACCCCAGUGUUUUUUUUUUUCCUUAGAAUUUCAUAGUUUUAGCUCUUUUGGUUAGGUCAUUGAUGCAUUUUUUAAAAAAAGAUUUUAUUUAUCCAUGAGAGACACACAGAGAGAAAGGCAGAGACACAGGGAGAGGGAGAAGCAGGCCCCAUGCAGGGAGCCCAACGUGGGACUCGAUCCCGGGUCCCCAGGAUCAUGCCCUGGACUGAAGGCAGCACUAAACUGCUGAGCCACCUGGGCUGCCCCAUUGAUGCAUUUUUGAGUUAAUUUUUGUAUAUGAUGUGAGGUAGGAGUCUGACUUCAUUCAUUUGCAUGUGGGUAUCAAGUUGUCCUAGCAUCAAAUGUUGAAGAGACUAUUUUUUUCCCUUUGAAUGGUCUUGGCACCCUUGUUGAAAAUCAGUCACCCAGGUAUGUGAGAUAUAUUUCUGGACUUUAACUUUGUUCCAUUGGUCUGUAUGUCUGUAUGCCAUUACCACUGUUUUGAUUAAAGUUGCUUUGUAUUUUGAGUUUUCAAAAUUGGGAAGUGUGAGUCUUCUAAACAUUAUUUUUCUUUUUCAAGAUUUGACUAUUUGGGGUCCCUUGCAAUUCGAUGUGAAUAUUAGGAUCAGUUUUUGUAAAAUAGAUUGUUGGAACAUUGAUAGGGAUUGCAUUGACUGUGUAGAUUGCUUCGGGGAGUAUUAUGGUAUGCCACUAGUUUAGGUCUUUAAUUUCUUUUGGCAGUGUUUUGUGGUUUUUAGUGUACAAGUCUUGUGCCUCUUCAGUUAGACUUAUUUUUAAGUAUUUUAAUCUUUUUCAUUUCAAUUCCAUUUACAAUAGAAUUGUUUUCUUCAUUUCCUUUUCUAACUGUUCAUUUCUAGCGUGUAGAAAUGGAAUUGGGGUGCCUAGGGUAGCUCAGUCGGUUAGGCAUCUGAUUCUUGGUUUUGGCUCAGGUCAUGAUCUCAGGGUCAUGAGAUUGAGCCCUGCAUGGGGCUCUGAACUCAAGACAGUCUGCUUGAGAUUCUCUCUCCAUCUCCCACUUGCUCUCUCAAUAAAAUAAAUAAAUAAAUCUUUUAAAAAAAUGGCAAUUGAUUUUUUGUGUGUUAAUCUUUUAUUUUGCAACUUUAUUGAAUUAGUUUAUCCUAACAGGUAUUUUGUGGAUUCUUUAGGAUCUAUAAAUAGAGAUAAUUUUACUUUUUUGUUUAUAAUUUGUAUGCUUAUUUGUUUUUUAUGCCUAGUUGCUCUGACUAGAAUUUCCAGUACAGUGUUGACUAGAAGUGGUUGAAUAUGGGCAUCUUUGUCUUGUUCCUGAUUUUAGGGGGAAAGCUUUUAGUCUUUUGCCAUUGAAUAUUAUGUUAGCUAUUAUAUACUGUUUUUAUAUUAGCAUUGUAUUCCAUUUUUCUUUCAUCUAAGA